UAUUCAAGGGUACUGUAUAUACAAUCUGGGUCAGCUGCAGCUGGUUACUGCACUUCUCCAUGUGGCAGACAGAGCAAAGCCACAAUGCUUUCUCUGCCGGAUUAAAGACAGCCCACAGACCAGAACUUCCACUAUACUACUUAAAAUUACAUAGGUGGCUUGUCAAGUUCAAUCGAUUAGUGUUGUAAGAAGAAAAAGAAGUUCCUUAUUACAGCUUGGAUUCGACGGUCCAAAACAAAAAUGCAAUUGCUAUUAAAGUCACAGAUGAACAAACUUCUACACUGAUUUUUAAAGGCAAGAAUAAGAGCAGCAAGUUUCUGGGUCUGCUUUAUCAACAGAUGCAUAAAGUUUGAUUUUUAAAAGACUUCAUACAACCUCAUUUCAAAAUGAAGGCUUUUAUCUGGACCCUAAGUGCACUAUUCUUUCUACUAAUGGGCAUUGGACAUUGCAGAGGAGGACAGUUCAAAAUGAAAAAAAUAACCCAAAGGAGAUACCCUCGUGCCACGGAUGCUAAAGAGGAAGCAAAGAAAUGUGCAUACACAUUCCUGGUACCUGAACAAAAAAUUACAGGGCCCAUUUGUGUUAAUACCAAAGGGCAAGAUGCAAGUAUGAUUAAAGACAUGAUUACCAGGAUGGACCUUGAAAACCUGAAGGACGUGCUCUCCAGGCAGAAGCGGGAGAUAGAUGUCCUGCAGUUGGUGGUGGAUGUAGAUGGAAACAUUGUAAAUGAGGUAAAGCUGCUGAGGAAAGAAAGCCGUAACAUGAACUCACGAGUUACUCAACUCUAUAUGCAACUAUUACAUGAGAUUAUCCGUAAGAGGGAUAAUUCACUUGAACUUUCCCAGUUGGAAAAUAAAAUCCUCAAUAUCACUACAGAAAUGUUGAAGAUGGCAACAAGAUACAAGGAACUAGAGGUAAAAUACGCUUCCCUGACUGAUCUCGUCAAUAACCAGUCUGUGAUGAUCACUUUGUUGGAAGAGCAGUGCUUGAAGAUAUUUUCCCGACAAGACCCCCAUGUGUCUCCUCCUCUUGUCCAGGUAGUGCCACAGCAUAUUCCUAACAGUCAUCAGUAUACUCCUGGACUGCUGGGAGGUAACGAGAUACAGAGGGAUCCAGGUUAUCCCAGAGAUUUAAUGCCACCACCUGAUCUGGGAACCUCACCCACUAAAAGUCCCUUCAAAAUACCACCAGUAACUUUCAUCAAUGAAGGACCAUUCAAAGACUGUCAGCAUGCAAAAGAAGCUGGACAUUCAGUCAGUGGGAUUUAUAUGAUUAAACCUGAAAACAGCAAUGGACCAAUACAGUUAUGGUGUGAGAACAGUUUGGAUCCUGGAGGUUGGACUGUUAUUCAGAAAAGAACAGAUGGCUCUGUCAACUUCUUCAGAAAUUGGGAAAAUUAUAAGAAAGGAUUUGGAAACAUUGAUGGAGAAUAUUGGCUUGGACUGGAAAAUAUCUAUAUGCUUAGCAAUCAAGAUAAUUAUAAGUUGUUAAUUGAAUUAGAAGACUGGAGUGACAAAAAAGUCUAUGCAGAAUAUAGCAGCUUUCGCCUUGAACCUGAAAGUGAAUUCUUUAGACUGCGUCUAGGAACUUACCAGGGAAAUGCAGGGGACUCCAUGAUGUGGCAUAAUGGUAAACAGUUCACCACACUGGACAGAGAUAAAGAUAUGUAUGCAGGAAACUGUGCUCACUUUCAUAAAGGAGGAUGGUGGUACAAUGCCUGUGCACAUUCUAACCUAAAUGGAGUAUGGUACAGAGGAGGCCAUUACAGAAGCAAGUACCAAGAUGGAAUUUUUUGGGCUGAAUAUCGAGGCGGGUCGUACUCCUUGAGAGCAGUUCAGAUGAUGAUCAAGCCUAUUGACUGAAGAGAGACAGUCUGCAACUCAAAUGACAUAGAACUCCUAUUUUUCAGUUCCUAAAAAUGUAAAUGUUACAUGUAUAUUGUUUUGCACAACUCAUUUCUACAGAUACAGUUUUAAAGUAAUUUUAUCGUAACUGUACAAGGAGAUUUAUAAAUGCAGUUUCAUCUUCCCUCAGUAUACUGCAGAAGAUUAUGUGUGCCCAUAACCUUAGCUAUUUUAAAAAUUAUAUUGACUAAAUACAGGCAAAGUUUGUUUUAUAAAAUGUAAAUAUUUGCCACAAUAUGUAACAAAUCUUAGCUUUAUUUUAAAUCAAAAUUGAAUACAUGUUCAAGAACAAUUUAUUUAAAACUUUAUGAGAUUGCUCUAACUUCCAACAGAAAAAUAAUUUUAAGAUUUCAAGCCAAGUAAUACAUUUUAUUUAUAAAAAUACAGACAGGAAAUUAGAGAAAACUCUAGUUUUGCCAAUAGAAAAUACAUUUUGCAUAGAAUAAAAGUUAUUUCAAAUUGAUUUUGUGCCUCUCACAUGAAAUGAUUAGAUCCAAAUCCUUAGCAUAUUUUGUGCCGAUUUCCUAGAAGUGACCCAUAGUAUUGAAAUACAUAUUUUUAAAACAAAAACAAUGCAGGCAAUAUUUAAAGUCAAUUUAUAAAAAUAGAAAUAUAUAAAUGCUUUUUUUUCCAACAUUAUCUUCAUCUGAUCUGUUGAACACUAAAAUUUCCUGAAAUGCAUGUGUUGUUAUAUCAGCACUGGUAUUACCAAAAUGGAUAUUAUAAAAAUUUAGUAAAGGUUUUCAGAUCUGAAUUAUAACUCUAUGCUUAUUUAUUAAUUCUUGCUCUCCCCACCCACCCCCAAAUCUGCUAUUCAAGUCAGAAAGCUUGGAGAGCUUUAUAAGCAUUACCGCUUACUGAUGGGUGGGACUAGCACAAUUUCAAGGAACUGUUAGAUAUUUAGAGAUUCAACAGUUUCAGAGCAGAAUCCAUAGGGGUUUGGCUAGUCCAGUUUGCUAAUUCCUUCUUAUGGUGUAUGUGUGUCAUUUACUCACCUUUGGAUUUAACAACUUUAUUACCAACCUUCUGGAACAAUUUCCUUCCAGAAACAUGCUCAUUGCUUACAGCUGACCUUCCCUUAAUUGAUUUGUGAACUAAAAUUUUAGCGAAAUCUCAUAACUUUUGCUCAAGCAAAAAGAAAACCCAAUCAGAACUGAAGAUGAACGUCUGAAAACUCAAGCCCACCAACAUGACCAAUGUUUUCCUGUCACAUGUUAAAAUUAAAAUUCUGAUGAAAGAAAGUAAGAGAACAUUAAAACCUUAUAGUAUAUUAUUCUUUAUUUUACUUAUGGUCAUCUUAAAAUAGUUCUGAAGUCCCUCCUACCCCCAGAACAACAACAAAAAACCUGGUGUAAGAUUUUUGGGAUAAAUCAGACAUCUAAUUGUUCUAUCAAAUCUUAAUUGAAUAAAAUUUUACUAAGGCAUUCCAUUUAUUGUCAGAACUAUAGUAUUUCACUUAAAUAUCCAAAACCCUAUCAAAGGCAAGUUGUACGGAAUUUUCACGGAAGAGGGAUAUUGUGUUAUCAAAACUAGAGUAAGUCCACAUUCAAACUAGAAAACUGGGCUGAAUGCUAAACUGCCUUGGCCACUGGGCCUGCUCUGCUCUCCUUCACAGACACAAUAUAGCUCUGUUCUGGAGUUCCUGGAGAGCAGGGAAUAAACAGCAGAAUUAUAUGAUGGCUAUGUGUAGGUUCUAAAGUCUGUACUGCUUGGAUUUGUGGCCCGGCCCAAUUCACCACUUUAUCAGCUGUUACCUUGGGUGGUUUUUAUACUUUGUAUUCUUACCUAUAAAAAACGAGGAUAUGAACAGUACCGAGCUCACGUGUUUACUAUGAAAGUCAAAUGAGGUAAUGCAUAUGGUAAAACAUUUAGAAUAAUAACAUCUGACAUAAGGACCCUGUUGACUUUGGCCAUCAGAUUAUUACUCUUCAUCUAUGUGCUUUCUGCCAUAUUUACCAUGGUGCCUUGCGUAGAGUAGGUGAUCAACAAAUGUGUUAAAAAGAAACACUAUCCAAGUUUUCAUGCAUAAAAUUACUUUGAUCCAUGAUCUUCAUUCGCAAAUCAAACAGAGCUAUGUCAAACUAUCUGCCUAUAUUGGACGGAUAGUUAAGAGACUGGAUCAUAAGAAAAGAUAAAGAAAAAUUAAGGUAGGGAUAGUCAUGGUAGGAAUUUCAGCCAAAUGAGGAUCUUCUAAGAGAUGAAUGAAGUAGGUCACUUGUGUGGUCUAAUAGCUAGCUACUUUGCAGGUUACCUAGGAAUAAAGACAUGGUUGCCGUACCUUCAAUAAGACUGAACUGUAAGCUGGUUUACAGAAGGAUUCAGUUAUUUUUAAUAAAUAAAAUGAAGCUUACCCUAAAAAUGACUUAGACUCUUAUUCUGUACUCAAUGAGAGAGACCAUCGAUGUCUAGGAAACUUGGCAUCUCUGAAGCAGACUUUAAAAACUUGAGAUUUUGAAUAAUGUCAAUAUUAGACAAUGCCCUGAAAUUCAGCAGGUAUCUACAAAUAAAUUUAUCCUCAGGGUCCAAGCAAAUUUUCAGUCUAGUGCUCAUUUGACUCUAUAACUUAUGAUAUGAGAGUGCUAAUUCUUCUAGUGUUAUAUUUCUUAGGGCUCCUCCUGGUAAUAAUGUAAUAAGCCUGUAAAAACUUCUGCAAUCAUGAAAAUGUUCAAAAUUACUUAUGAACGUGUACUAAUAUGAUAUGAUUUUUAUAUACUUAACCUUAAUAGUAAGUUUAAGAUUAUACCCUAACAAAUUUUUAGUCUUUUUAGUGUCUAUGAAAGAUAACCAAGUAAGAAAAGAAUGAUUCCACUUAUAAGGCCAAGCCCCCCUCCCUGUCUUCCCUCAAAGCCAUCUAAAAAUAAGUUUUCAAUUCUAUCAGUGGGGUUAAUAGUUACGUUGUAAUUCUACAGAUAAUUGUAGGAAAGACUGACAAAUGAACUCAAAAUUUUAAUUUCAAUACAGAUUUCCAAAGUAUUAAUAUUAUUCUCUAAAGCUUUCUUUGAACUAUAAAUGAAAGUUAUAAUGCAUAUCUUUAUGGCAAGUCAACUUAACCUCACUUGUCUUAGUUUCUUCACUUAUAAAAUAUGAAUUAUAGUAUCAUUUACCUUAUAAAAUUGUUAAGAAUUAGAUAAUUUAUAUAAAACACAUAGAGUCAGGCAUACAGGAUUAACUGCUGAAUAAAUGUCAGUUAUUAAGAUUUUUAUUAUUGUUUUCCUGUUAAUAAGGUUUGCUCAAAACGUUACCUUUUUUUUAACUGCGAUUACCGAAAUAUCAUAACCAGAAAUGGCACUGGCAAAGCUGCUGAAACUGGGGGAAUCUGAAUUCUGUUUAUGAUUAAAAUGCAGAUAUGUAUAGCUGCUACACAUUAUUUUUAAGAUAAAAACUCUUAAAGAAAGACUAUGAACAGGGUAAAGAAAUUAAUGCAACCCUAGCCUCAGUCUUUUUAUAUCACAAGUCCUCAAGUGAUCUAAAGUAAACUUCAGAAAAUUACCACUGAGGAAUGUUACAGGAAUUUUAAAUAUAUAAAAAAGAAUGAGGGCAAAAGGGAUGUAAGUGAGGUAAUGGAAAAUGCAGAUGUAAUUUUGGCUAAAGAAAAAGCUAGGGCUAGCUGCCAUUUGGUCAGAGCUAAUUCUUAGGAUUCAAAAGAAAGGGACUGAACAUGCUUUAUUGCUGUUUUAGAAUACAAUAUAUAAUCUAGUGAGAAGAGGAAAAUAAAGUGCUCCAUGGUGUAUAUUAUCUACAAAUCAAACCAAAGAAAGGAAAAGGGAAUAAAGGUCUUAAAAUAUCAAAAGCCAAUGACAUUUUUUGACCAUUAGACAUUUUUGAAACCCAGUAUUGGAGCCUUUUAUAUAUGUACAUGAGUAAAACCCUACCAAGAGGGAAGAGGAAAAAUCUCGUUAAUUUCCAUAGCGCUAUAGACAGCUUUGGACUUUGUCAAAAUUAACUGAAUAAAAAUGUGAAUAAAAACCUAGUAUUUUUUGAAAACACUACACAAGUUAGUAGAAAUUUCUCAAACUAAAGUAAAAUAAAGAACUGUAUCCUAUUAGGAGAUCAAGAUUGGUGAAAAUUACUGAAAAAUCAAAGAGGACCAGAUAAAAUCAGAAGAUCGUUAUAAGUUUAGGCAUACCUUCUUUAACAUUUCAUUAGGCUGAUGAAGACAUCACUAACAAGGUCUGGCAAUGAAAUGUACUACUUCCAUGACAUAUGAAAGAAAUGAGAUUAUUCACAAGAUAAUGAUGUCAUUCUGAGCCAUUAGUAUUAAAGUGGUGUUAAGUUCCAGAAGUGUAGGGAUAAAGUCCAUUUUGUGGCACCAAGCUACUGCUGAGCAAAUACUGGUUGGCCAACUGAUGUACCAAAAGAAAACACGGGUGGGUAGGAAGUUGAUGUAUAUAAAACUGCCUCAUAAAUGAAUCUGUAUUUAAAACAAAUAAAGUUACUGCAACAAUGAGAA